CAUUUUUCGCAAAGAGACAUCGAUGACGUUCAAACGAAACACUUACUUGAAAGUGGACCCUCAUCCUCCUCCAAUCCUGUCUUUUUUCGACAAGGUAGUUUCAUUACAGUCUAUUCAGGGGAAGGUUGUUUAUCAUGAAGUUCUUACUGACAAAAGAAAGCUGUUUUUUGAUUUGGAUGGGCCAUCUGGGUCUUUCGGAGAAGAAGAAGUGGAACAACUAAUUCAAGCCUGUCUCUGUCGCCUGCCUGGUAUAGACAAUGAAAGGGGAAACGUGGUUGUUUUAUGGUCUUCCAAGUUAGAAGAGAAAGCGUCAUGCCACGUCGUAUUUUCAACCACUCUGCUGCCGGACGGCGAUAUUUCCCACGAUUUGGCUAGUUAUUUAUCCGACUUGAAGAUUUUCCCCUAUGUGGACAAGGGAGUCUAUCAUCCAAACCAUUCUCUGCGGUGUCCCUUGAGUUCGAAAAUGAAAACAGAAAGGUUUUUCAGAUGUCCGAUGGAUGGGGAUAUUCUAUGUCGGUCUUUGGUUUCCUGUAUCUAUCACAGCACCCACUUGGUGAAAUUGAAAACAAUCUCCAAGACUAAGAAGGAAAUCCCAUUGGACGUUGUCCAUGCAGAUGUCUUGGUGUGGUGCUCCUACAUUAAUCGGAAAUUGGGGGCUGACUUACGAUUUCGGAAAAUCGAAAAUGGCCGCUUUUUGCUUUUUGACCGCACAGAAGCGUACAUUAAAGUUUUUUUGUCGCAGAGGACCUCGGGAAAAAGGAAUUCGUUUGAGUAUUUCGGAAUGAACACGUUCGUUUCGUUUCAUGAGAGAGGUCGUUCUUUAUAUGUCUUCUAUAAAUCGGCAGAUGACUGCUAUUUCCAAAAGUUUUCUCCGACGUCCAAAGUUCUUCUCAAACCAGAUAAGCUGUCGCCUAAUGAACUUUCAGAACUUGAGCAGCUGAAGCAGAAAGGAGAGUUAUCCUACGCAGACGAAUAUCGAGAGGUUUUUGAACCAAGAAGUACUUUUUCUCGUUUCAUUUGCGUAGCGACUCGUAGACCAGACCGUUGGUUGAAGUUAUCCAAAAAAGGUGCCGCCUUUCAUUGUUUCCAUAGUCCUUUACAGCAUUACUUCAUGUACAAGUCAGAAAACGAUCAUUAUUUGCAAGAAUUGUACGAAAACUCCUCCUUGUGUAAUGUGGUCUCCUUCGAUAUAGAAGUCAGUGCUCAGUCUUCAAACAUUUUCCCUGAUCCUCGGCAGAAGAAUUCGCAAGUCUAUAUGAUUUCAGUCGUCACUGAGAACCGAAAGAUGCUACUUACAUCGAAGGAAACACUCCCUAUUGACGGUGUGGAGGUUCGCUUGUUUCAGGAUGAGACCUGCCUUUUGGAAGGCUUCUGCAAUGCUAUCAAAGAGCUUGAUCCCGAUAUAAUCACCGGGUACAACAUUUGCAGCUUCGACCUUCCCUUUCUCUACAUUCGAGGAAUCUUCCAAGGGGUGGAUGUGCUAGCCAAAAUAGGAAGGACUGUUACCAUUCCUUACAAAGUUUUGUGGUAUGAUGAUAUAAUGGAAACUGAUAUUCCUGGCAGAAUCAUUUUGGACGCCUAUCUCAAGUUUCGUCGUGAACUUCGAGCGAGUAGAUGUCGCUUACAAGACCUAUCAGAACAAUAUUUGAAUUCUUCCAAAGACGACGUUACUUUGGAAGAAAUAGCACUGGCAGGAGAGGGGAAGGACGUGAAGAUUACUACCAAAGUGGGUUCCUACUGCGUACAGGAUUCUGUGCUAGUGCUUCAUCUGAUUGAAAAGUUACAGGCCAUACCUUCUACUUUUGCUAUGAGCAAAUAUACCUGCACUGCCCCUCAAACUCUUUACACCAGAGGAGUGACUCACCGAAUUCGAAAUUUGAGUGUUUGCUUUGGAAAGAACCGAUUUGCGUUUCCAGUAGUCGACUACGACGACUUCGACGAUGACGACGAGAAAGAUAACGAGGAAAACGAGGAAAAAGAAGGAGACAAGAAGUAUGAAGGCGCCUUUGUAUUCGCGAAACCCGGUGUUUACAGCCAGGUAAAAGCUUUUGACUUUAACAGCUUGUAUCCUUCCAUCAUGAUAGCCAUGAACAUCUGCCAGUCUUCCUUUUUGGAAGAAAGACUGGUUUCAGUGGAAAGCAAUAUUAUGGAGAGUCCUAUUAUUACUGAGGAAAAGGUCGAGAUCCAAGUAGGAGACAAAAUCUAUGCUUUUCGAAGGAAGCCUAUAGGACUUUUCCCUUUCAUUGCAAAGUUUCUUAUUGAGCGAAGAAAAGAACUUAAAGCUCAAGGGAAGAAAAUAGACCAAAAUGCAGUGAAAAUCGUUACCAACAGUCUUUAUGGAGCGCUUGGUGCGAAAGGCGGUUUCCGUCCUGCUGCUGAGAGUGUAACUGCGUUUGGGCGUUAUUUCAUUCGCUUAGCGAGAAACCUAGCUCAGGAAAAAGGUUGGGAAGUUCCUUAUAUUGACACGGACUCUUUGUUUGUGGUAGGCGGACCUCCUGACUCUCUAGGAGACGAAAUCUCUGAGCAAAUCGGAGUUCCUCCGUUGCGCUUAUUGUUGGAUAAGAAAAUGGAUAAAUUGUUGGUGUUGAAGAAAAAAAAAUACGCUAUGUUGAAGGAAGAUGGUCGAAUAGUUUGCAGUGGUCUGUUAAACAACAGAGAUGACUCUUGCGGGGUUUUCAGAGAAGUUGAACUAUCCUGCGUUUUCGCCAGGUUCGAAGGCGAUCCACUUCCUGAGCUCAAAUUGGAAGAGCUUCAAAAUUACGACUUUGAAAAAUUUAUUUUCAAAGCCCGUUUUAAGGCCGAAGUUAGUCGAAACUCAAAGUAUUUUUUUCUGUUUUCGAGGGUUCUAGAUAGAAGUGUGUCCAUGGUUGAUUUUGUCGUUUCUAAAGAAGGAGGAAAUUCCAUUUCGGAACGAUACUUCCCAGCGGAGUCGUUCCCAAAGGAGAACUUGGACUGGAACUACUACCUUUCGAGCUGUCGGAAGAUAGUGGACACUUUUCGCUAAAAACGAAAAUGAGAACAUGGGCAAUAGUACUGUGGGCUGUUUUAGCUGCAGUUGUGGUUGCGUUUGUCUUUACAAAAAUAAAGCAUAUUGUAUUGCUGCUUUGGGAUGGCUUGUUUCAUAUUGAA